AAGUGUGGUAACAUGCUGCAUAACUGUUGAGAUCAUUAGCAUUUUAGAUGUUGAAUUCCUUGCUUGCAAGGAGUGUCAUGAAUACUGAGACUGUUCUCGCACAUGCUGAAUCGUAUCACAUUCCUAUUCCACUGUCUAUUUCAACCCUUGUAUUUUUGUUUCCUGGCAGUGUUGUUGUCAUAGUAAUAGUGUAAAUAUCUCUUGCUUUGUGUAUCAGUGUAAAUAUCUCCCGCUAACAAAUCCUGAAUGCAACACACAUUUAGGCCAAAAUUCUUAAACUGCUUCAGACCAAAAAUCAGCCCUGAGGAGAAAUAAUCGGAGGAUUUGUGAUGAGGUGCCUUACCGAUCCGUUCCCGUAAAAAAACAUUAGUCAUGAGUGCAACCAAAGCUAUAUAUAUGUCUGGUCUGGUGUGAUCUUUUGCUCACUAUCCAAACAAUCCUAAUAAAUUAUUACAUUCUUGAAUUCAUCACUCAUAUAUAACACUAACCUGGCAUCUGCCAUUCCAGUAUCAUCAUCAUCAUCUAAUAACAAUAUGCCGAGUUAUAGUCAAAACAGUUAGCUACAAUUAUUUAUGGCAUUUUGCAGCCAGUGGUUGCCGGCUAAUCCGGCCGGUCACAAACAACCAAGUAGAGUUGCCUCGUACUUCAUCUCGCCUGGCUAUUUUUAGUAGCAUGGUACUGACCGCUGAAGCAGGCAGAUCUGGAUCUGUCCUGGCUGGCCGCUAAAGAAAGGUUGUUUACAAGGCAGCAGAGGCGAUGGCUCUUUGUCUUUGUGCAAUGGUGACUGGUGCGAGGUGUCUGGUUUGGUUGCGCACAAGAACCACACCAACAGAAGUUGCCUGCACUGCAUGCACACCAUGACACCAAUGGCCUCUCAUGACUUUUUGAUGGACCCUCCAUUGUCUCUGCAAGGAAGUUGGAGUGCGACCUGGGCCUUUUGUCUAGAUGCAAGAAGGGCUCGUGAUAGCUCAUUUCGUUCUAGGCUUUGGCUCAUGGCGCCUGCUAUUCCAAGGAUGCCAUACAUGGACCGCUAGCUAGAUUUGAGGUUAAAGAACUCUGGUGUUGUUCUAGCCUGUAGACAUCAUCGCUGAUCAAAGAUCUUACAGUUUGUUUCGGAGUGAAGUUGUGAGUAAAAAGUGGCGCAAUAUAUAAAAUGCCCUGUUGAUUGGGGGUGACCAAUUCAUGCCAAUGCUAAUGGAGAGUUGGAGACUAAUAUCCAACAUCUCCUCUUACAGAUAACUUUGAGACAAAUGGAAGCUAACCGACAAAUCGACUAAGUAAAGUAAUUAUUAUGCCCUUCUGAUCCACAGUGGUGUUCUGAAAUUUAUUUUCUGCAAGCACCACCAGCAUGCAGACUCUUGCUUGAAGCAGAUCAGCCUGGGUCUGCACUAUGCAGAAUCAAAGCCAGACUUCUCGCCGAUUGGCUCUGCUCUGCUAUAUAGUGGAGUAACUGUGGUCAAAAUGAGGCCAUGACCCAAUCUUUCGCGCCAUAAAGAAAAGAGACGCCUUGCUUGACCUAUGGGUUGCCAGCGUCGAGAGUUCCACCCAAUAGGAUAGAUAGGAUGGGGAAGAAGUCGUGGUCCCAUCCAUCCGAUUGGCGCCCAUAAAAAGAGGUGCUUGUGCUUGGAGAUUUCCAUCGCACCUGCUUCUCGGGGACCCGUAACCAUCGAGCAUCACAAGAACUGUAACAAAAUCCAUAUGGAUUGGAGAAGAUUGGGUGGUUUUCAAUCCAUAGCAAGUUAAAAUUCUUCAUAAUUUUUUUUCCAAUUCCUUCCAAUUCAUAAGACAUAGAAAUAUGGUAGGGUUGUUCGCUUCUGAUUUCAUUGUGUUUUUUCUUCAGGAGUUUGGGGAUCAAGGAGAGGACUCCAUUAUCUUGUCACCGUGGCUGAAGGAGAUUAGUACUCCUGACCGCCCCGCUGCCCUCCGUUUCCUAGGGGAGAAGUAUAAUAACCUCAUGGAGAGGUACAAGAAGCAGGUAGUCAAGUGUUCCGAGGAGUGUGAACCAAGAUAUAAUGGCCUGAAGAAGAAGUACACAGACGAGUGUGCAGAGAGGCGGCGUCUGUACAAUGAGCUUAUUGAGCUAAGAGGUAACAUUAGGGUGUUCUGCAGAUGCAGACCUCUGAGCUCUGAUGAGGUCAACCAUGGGUGUUUAUCUGUUGUUGAGAUUGACCCAUCACACGAGACUGAGCUGCAGUUUGUCCCCAGUGAAAAAGAAAGGAAGCCCUUUAAGUUCGAUCACGUUUCUGGGCCAGAGGAUGACCAAGGUUCUCGUGGUGAGGGUGGUAUCCUUAGAAAUAGUGAAGGGCCAUUGAAGGACCACAUUUAUUUGCAUCAAAACCAUCUGCCGCCUGAGGUACUCAAAGAAAGGCUCCCUGGUAUUUCUGAAACUGCUGCUAUUUUUGCUGGUGUUGACGUCACCAAGGAGCCCAUUCCAGUUUUGCCUACUGUGCACUACAAUAUGGGUGGUAUCCCAACGAACUACCAUAAGGAGGUAGUGGAUAUCAAGGGUGAUAAUCCAGAUGCUGUUAUCCCUGGUCUAAUGGCUGCUGGUGAAGCAGCCUGUGCAGCACCGCGUUGGUGGAUGAUUGAUCGUCCAGUUGUAUGUGACUAAAACGCCAUGCCUUGUGCAUUAGAGAAGAUACAGAAUCGUCAUGUCCUGUACAGGACAGUGAGCCAAAUUCUUGUUCAUUUUGCACUAUGAUACAGAUUGAUUCAUUAGGCCCUAGGUUGGAGGUUGUGACUGAUGAGUUGGGAAGAGAUUACUUGAUUGGUGGUGUACAAUUCUUGGAUAGGAUACAGGUUUCAGUUUUUGGUCCAUUAGUUCAGGAAUUGUUUCAUUUACAUGUAUAUUCAGUACACUCGUAUAAUGGAAACACGCAAAUCUCUAUCUCA